AUGGCUACAUCCCACAGCGGGACCGUCGAAGACGACGUCUUGGAAGACAGAUCCGAGAAAGUCGGCGUCUCCGAGGAGACCGAGAAGCCACUGCUCGCGUACAAGCCAGAAGAGGAGAUGUUCUUGUGGAAGAACCAGAGCCCUAUAGUUCUCUGGCAACUGCAGCUCUUCCUCGAAGCUCUCGUCGCAGCCCAUGACGAGGCCGAAGACUGUAUGAUCGACCUCGAGAUCGAUACCUACCUCACCAAGAGAUGGCGCCGCCGCAAGCGUGUCAAGUACACGAGGGGACUAGCGGUCUACAAGGCCCAACGCAAGGCAGUACUCAAGAUCGAGAUUGGAGUCAUCCGCGACGGUAAUAUGGAGGAGGCACUCCAGGCCGCUUUCGAUCGUGUCCAAAUUGCUCUCAUCGAGAAUAUGGCGCGAGUCAAUGUGUUGUUGAGCAUGCUCUGA